CUUUAUACAGCAUGUUAUAAGCAAAAUAUAAGAUAAAACGGUAAACUUCCGUGACUAAUCAAGUAAUACACAUAACACCGUAAAGAUCUUUAAUGACACAAGGCAAUACUAGCAGUAUUUCCACAAAAAAUAGACUGUUAAAGGGUACGAAUUAAGUUACGAAGUAGGUGUUCCGUGUUUAUAAAGAAUCUUGUCAGUAUAGGCAGUUGAUUAAAGAAUCAUGGCAGUUAUUCACGAUAUGGUGGUUGGUCUUAACAAGGGACACAAAGUCACCAAAAACCCUCAAACACCAAAACAUGCCAGAAGGAGGGGGAGACUUACAAAGAAGUCCAAAUUUGUCCGAGACUUGGUCCGUGAAGUUUGUGGCUUUGCUCCUUAUGAAAGAAGAUGCAUGGAAUUGCUGAGAAUCGGCAAAGACAAGCGUGCUCUUCGAUUUUGUAAAAAGAGGCUUGGUUCUCAUUUGAGAGCAAAGCGAAAGCGUGAAGAGAUGCAAGCUGCAAUCCAAGCUCAGAGAAAGGCUGCAGCCCAGAAGUAGAGCGCUGGAUAACAAAUAAAUGAAAACAGUUUAA